AACUAUUCAUAUGUUUACCGAUGUAAAUAAUUCUUAAAUUAAAAUGAGAUAUGCGCAAUUAGUUGUGGGUCCUGCAGGAAGUGGAAAGUCAACGUACUGUUCUACGAUUGUUAAACAUGCAAGUGAUGCUAAAAGGAUAGUAGAGGUUGUAAACUUGGACCCAGCGGCUGAACACUUUGAUUAUGAACCCCUCGUGGAUAUCAGAGAACUUAUCCACUUGGAUGAUGCCAUGGAAGAUGAAGAGUUGAAGUUUGGACCUAACGGAGGCCUUGUAUUCUGUAUUGAAACACUUCUAGAAAACAGUGACUGGCUCGAAGAACAGUUAGGAGAUGUAGACGAUGACUACAUUUUGUUUGACUGUCCCGGUCAGAUAGAACUGUAUACACACCUGUCUGUGAUGCGUAAGAUUGUGGAGCUGCUAGAAGGCUGGAACUUCAGGAUAUGUGUUGUCUUCCUUAUCGAUUCACAGUUUAUGGUUGAUGGUGCAAAAUUUUUAUCAGGUACCAUGGCAGCACUAAGUGUUAUGGUGAAUUUGGAACUACCUCAUGUCAAUGUUUUAACAAAAAUGGAUCUGCUCACUAAGACAGCUAGAAAACAAUUAGACAAUUACCUGGAACCAGAUCCGCACGUAUUAUUAGCUGAUAUGAGAAACGCUCAUUCGAAAUGGCACGAGAAAUAUGCAAAAUUAACAGAAGCCAUCGGAGAGGUUAUAGAGAAUUUCAGCCUCGUUCGUUUCUAUCCGCUCAACAUAAAAGAUGAAGAGAGCAUAGAGAACAUACUUAUAACCAUAGACAACAUAAUCCAAUAUGGCGAAGAUGCGGAUGUCAAAAUAAGAGAUUUUGAUGAAGAAAAUGAUGAUAAUGUUAAUUGUGAUUAAAAUAAAAUUACAAAAACAUA